AAAACUCCGACAUUGUGCGACUCACGUCUCUGUGCUGAAUAAUAUUAUAAUUAUACCGUGCAAAAUGCCUUUUAUAACUGAAAAUAAGAAAGUUGGACUUUUAGGAAUUCCCUUUUCAAAGGGGCAGCCACGUGGUGGGACAGAACAAGGUCCUCAAGCAAUAAGAGAAGCUGGUAUUGUGGAGAAACUAGAACAACUGGGAACCCAAGUCUGCGACCAUGGUGAUCUGACCUUUGAUUAUAUUGAAAAUGAUACACCAGAUGGCAAUGUUAAAAAUCCCAGAACUGUUGGUCAUGCAAAUAAAAAGAUAUCUAAAGCAGUAAGUGAUAUCAUUUACAAUGGUCAGCUAUGUUUAAAUCUUGGAGGUGACCACAGUAUGGCUAUGGGUACAAUUCACGGACAUGCUCAAGUAGAACCAGACUUGGUGGUCGUAUGGGUAGACGCACACGCAGAUAUCAACACCCCUCUUACAUCGCCGUCUGGAAACAUUCAUGGUAUGCCGUUAUCAUUUAUUGUCAAGGAAUUGGAUGGUUACGUGCCCACAGUUAAAGGAUUUGAAUGGGUGAAGCCAUGCCUCUCCGUGAAAGAUUUAGUUUAUAUUGGUUUAAGAGAUGUUGAUCCAGGAGAGAGAUGGAUUAUUGAAAAAUUUGGAAUUAAAGCUUUUUCUAUGCAAGAAGUCGAUAAACUGGGUAUCCGCGAAGUGAUGGAACAGGCUCUCAAAGCUAUCGACCCGAGCGGCACCAGACCAAUUCAUCUGAGUUUUGACGUGGACGCACUAGAUCCUACCAUAACACCGUCUACCGGAACACCAGUUCAUGGAGGUCUAUCGUUUAGAGAAGGGCAGUAUAUUAUGGAAGAAUUAGCAAACACAGGUCGAUUAAACUGUAUUGAUGUAGCAGAAGUCAAUCCGUCGUUAGGCAACAAAGAAGAAAAUACCUUAACAACAGAAACCACAUUGGAAGUUCUGAACAAAUGUUUUGGUCAGAAACGAGGCGGGGGAUUCCCAAGUAAUUACGUCAUGCCGCGAGCUGAGAAAACGAGAACGUCGUGUUCAUCAACCAAAUCACAUUAAAGAUGUUGAGAUUACGAAGGACUUUUUCUUUAAUAACUCUUGUUACGCAGGCGUUAUUAGCUUUUAUUUUAACUCCACCACUACAGCUAAGAUCUAACAACUCCUUUCUAUUUCAUCUUAUGGAAAAUCGUCGCCCUAAGCAUGUGGCCUGCUUUAACCAAUCGAAUUACAUUGAGCUAAUUCUGAACAGCCAAUAAAAAAAUGUUCAGUUUCAAUAUACUUGAUAAACUAGUCUAAUGCUCCUCGGAAUACAUAUUUUGUUUGUGUCACGAAUUCCCAGCGCUUGAGAGGGAAGAAAUAUGAUUGGCUCGCGAUGCUAUCAAUGAGAUGAAAGUGGUUAGAUCCUAACUGGAAUGGUUAAGGAAAAAUAAGCACGGAGCGGAAGGUUUUUAAUUCUUAUUACUCGGUCGAACUUUUAUUCAAUAAGGAAAAUUGAAAAGUGAUACAGUCUCAUAUAUGAAAGACAUAUUAUUUAUUUUUCUAUAGCACAUAAUUUUAGAAUGCACAAGAAUCUCAUUUAUUUCCGGGUCACUAUUUGGUGAAAAAACUUGAUUUGCAUAACUUGGUAACAACAUACUUGAAAUUGAAAAGGACUUUCUAUUUUUUCACGUUAUUCAUUCUUGUCAUUUGUUUCUGGUACUAUGUCCAAAACAUUUAUCGUUGUUAUUUAGCAAUUUGCAUACUAUUUUAUCACAGCCUAAUCGGAAUGAUGCUGGCAAUGUUCGACUGAGGUCGAAGUCUAGUGACACCAUAAUCCAAAAUAAUCGAGGCUUAUUUUUCUUUUUUUUUAAUUGAAUAUUACAAUUAGUGCCAUUCGUAUACAGAUCAAAAAGACUUUUUAAUUCUUAGGCGAGCCUCUCUUACUUCCGACAUAACCGCUCGUUUGUCAUAUUAUAACAUUGUGACGUUACUAUGCUUUUAAUAUUAUGAUGUGUUUCUUGUUUAAAAAUUAUGCAUUUUCGUUAUCAUUUUAAAUACAUAUCGUACGUUUAUGUAAUGUAGGUUUUUGUUUUUGUUGGAUUGGUUUACAAACACUUGUUGUCCCCAAACGAACUGCUCUUGAUAUGUUUUUAACUCCAGAAUCACGUGACCACUUUCAGUGGCGGGGCCAGGUUCACAUUCGACAGGGGGCGAGAUAUCUGAGAUUGCUAGAUUCUCUAACCUAGUUAUGAGAAUUUUGCCCGUAAAACUUGCAACCUCUGACCCCGCCACUGACCACGUGACACUCUGGACAUCGCUCUGGUAAGCAAUGGCUGCCAAUGAAUACCAUGACAUGUUGCGUAACUAUAACUGUAGCCUGUUUGAAUACAAUCUAAGUAAAAAUUUGUUGAUUAAAACGCGCCAGUGUAUAAAUAUGCAAUUUACAUCGUGCCAAUUAAUAAAUGACAUAAACAUUUGUUUCAAACUCUAUUUUCGAUAUUCUCACAUGCUCAGGGUGUUUAUGUUUCAUACUAUUAUUUCACUUUCCUGUGAUACUUCAACUCGUGAAUAUCCAACGCUAUAUUUUUGAUUGAAGGCAUUUCAAUUCUACAUCAGUUCAUCGAUAUUUUAUCUUUGUGAAUAGCACAUGCUAUUUUUUUUCCUGCUUGAUGAAAUAAAUCAAGAUUUUAACUAA